AUGAUUGUGCACCCAGCCACAAUUGCUCUCUCCGCAGCAAUCAUUAUUGCCUGCCACGAUUGUGCCCUGGGUCAUGAUUGUGCUCUUAGUAACGAUUGUGCUCUCAGUCAUGAUUGUGCACCCAGCCACAAUUGCUCUCACGCCAGCCAGGAUUGUGCCCUCUGUCACGAUUGUGCUCCCAGGCAUAAUUGUGCUCUCAGUUAUGAUUGUGCUCUCAGUCACGAUUGCGCUCUCAGUUUGAGUCAUGAUUGUGCUUUCAGUGAUGAUUUUGCUCCCAGUGAUGAUUUUGCUCCCAGUCAUGACUGUGCUUCUGGUCAUGAUUGUGCUCCCAGUAACAAUUGUGCUCUCAGUCAUGAUUGUGCUCUUAUUCACAUUAGUGCUCUCAGUUAUGAUUCUACUCUCAGCCAUGAUUGUGUUCCCAGUUAUGAUUGUGCUCUCAGUCAUGAUUGUGCUCUUGGUAUUGACUUUGCUCCCAGUCAUGAUUGUGCUCUCAGUCAUGAAUGUGCCCUCAGUCACGAAAGUGCUCCCAGUUAUGAUUGUGCUCUCAGUCCUGAUUGUGCUCUCAGUCAUGAUUGUGCUCCCAGUUUGAGUUAUGAUUGUGCUCUCAGUCAUGAUUGUGCUCUUAGUCAUGAUAGUGCUCUCAGUCAUGAUUUUGCUCCCAGUUAUGAUUGUGCUCUUAGUCAUGAUUGUGCUCUCAGUCGUGAUUGUGCUCUCAGUCAUGAUUGUACCGCCUCCGUGGUCGAGGGGCAUGAUUGUGCUCUCGGGCAUGAUUGUGCUCUCAGUCAUGAUUGUGCUCUUGGUCAUGAUUGUGCUCUCAGCAGCCAUGAUUGUGCUCUCAGCCAGGAUUGUCUUAUGUUUCAAGGCAAUAGCAUAAGCAAAAUAAACCGUUAUUACCCAUAG